AUGCCCCUCGCCGCAAACCCUAAUCCCAAUCCAACACUGCUCCCUCUAUCACCCGCGUUACUCUUUCCUGUUGGCACUCCCCCGCAGCUCCUCGGCGCACCACAAUUCUCCCCCGUCCCCGCGCCCCACCUGGUUUACCAAAAACCUACCGUUUUGCCGCCCGACAUUGCCAGUGCCCCCGCGCCGCCGCAGAUGCAACCGAUGAUGUCGUACCAGGUUCUACUCAACAAUCCGGUCAUGCGACCCUUCGCUCUGAUCCCUAACGGCUACACUCCAUCUCCGACCACAAACCCCCGGGAAUUGUAG